CGCCGCCGCCGGAAAGGGAGAGGCAGAAGAGAUCGAGACUUGGAAACCCCAAAGUGCCCGCGACCCUGCACGGCAGGCUCCUUUCCAGCUUCAUGGGCAAAGUGUGGAAACAGCAGAUGUACCCUCAGUACGCCACCUACUACUACCCCCAGUAUCUGCAAGCCAAGCAGUCUCUGGUCCCAACGCACCCCAUGGCCCCUCCCAGUCCCAGCACCACCAGCAGUAAUAACAACAGUAGCAGCAGCAGCAACUCAGGAUGGGAUCAGCUAAGCAAAACGAACCUCUACAUCCGAGGCCUGCCUCCCAACACCACCGACCAGGACCUGGUGAAACUCUGUCAACCAUAUGGGAAAAUAGUCUCUACAAAAGCAAUUUUGGAUAAGACAACAAACAAAUGCAAAGGUUACGGUUUUGUCGACUUUGACAGUCCUGCAGCGGCCCAGAAAGCUGUGUCUGCCCUGAAGGCUAGCGGAGUUCAAGCUCAAAUGGCCAAGCAACAAGAACAAGACCCUACCAACCUGUAUAUUUCUAAUUUGCCACUGUCCAUGGAUGAACAAGAGCUUGAAAACAUGCUCAAACCAUUUGGACAAGUCAUUUCUACAAGGAUAUUACGUGACUCCAGUGGUACAAGUCGUGGCGUUGGCUUUGCUAGGAUGGAAUCAACAGAAAAAUGCGAAGCCGUUAUUGGUCAUUUCAAUGGAAAAUUCAUUAAGACACCACCAGGAGUUUCUGCUCCUACAGAACCUUUAUUGUGUAAGUUUGCCGAUGGAGGACAGAAGAAGAGACAGAACCCGAACAAAUACAUCCCCAAUGGAAGACCAUGGCAUAGAGAAGGAGAGGUGAGACUUGCUGGAAUGACACUUACUUACGACCCAACCACAGCUGCUAUACAGAACGGAUUUUAUCCUUCACCAUACAGUAUUGCUACAAACCGAAUGAUCACUCAAACUUCCAUUACACCUUAUAUUGCAUCUCCUGUAUCUGCCUACCAGGUGCAAAGUCCUUCUUGGAUGCAGCCUCAACCGUACAUCCUACAGCACCCGGGUGCCGUGUUAACUCCCUCAAUGGAGCACACCAUGUCACUACAACCUGCAUCUAUGAUCAGCCCUCUGGCCCAGCAGAUGAGUCAUCUGUCACUAGGCAGCACCGGAACAUACAUGCCUGCAACAUCAGCUAUGCAAGGAGCCUAUCUGCCACAGUACGCACACAUGCAGACAGCGGCGGUUCCUGUUGAGGAGGCAAGUGGUCAGCAGCAGGUGACUGUAGAGACGUCUAAUGACCAUUCUCCAUAUACUUUUCAACCCAAUAAGUAACUGUGAGAUGUACAGAAGUGUGUUCUUACAUGAAGAAGGGUGUGAAGGCUGAACAAUCAUGGAUUUUUCUGAUCAAUUGUGCUUUAGGAAAUUAUUGACAGUUUUGCACAGGUUCUUGAAAACGUUAUUUAUAAUGAAAUCAACUAAAACUAUUUUUGCUAUAAGUUCUAUGAGGUGCAUAAAACCCUUAAAUUCAUCUAGUAGCUGUUCCCCUGAACAGGUUUAUUUUAGUAAAAAAAAUACAAAAAAACAAAAAACAAAAACAAAACAAAAGAUUUUUAUCAAAUGUUAUGAUGCAAAAAAAAAAAAAAAAAAAAAAAGAAGAAAAAAGAAAAAAAAAAAAGAAAACUUCAAUUUUCUGGGUAUGCACAAAGACCAUGAAGACUUAUCCAAGUGCAUGACCGGAUUUUUGUGGUUUUGUUCAUUUUGUGUUUAAUUUGUGUUUUUUUUUCCAGCUGUAUGAAAUGGGCUUUCUGAAGUUUAACUAGUCCGACUUCAUCAUGGUGUUCCGUGCUUGCCGUGCGAGUGUUGCUGUAACUCAGUGUUGCUGUCAGUGUCUCCUUUCUUAGCUUUCCGUUUUUCUUUCAACGUAGUGUGAAGUGUCUUAUCCUUUUCUAUGAAUUCCAAUU